AUGUUCGCUGACCCCACAUCGAAGUAUCAGACAAAGAACAACAGCCUUGUCAAGGAUCUCAAAGACCAAGCAUACAUCAGCGCCACCACGGCGAGACAAUUGAAUAACUACAAAGGCAUUUCUCCCACUAUCUACGGUCUACCAAAGAUCCAUAAAGAGGGAACUCCUCUCAGACCUAUCGUCUCCACCAUUAAAUCCCCAACAAGUGAACUCAGCAAGUUUGUUGCCGACAUCCACAAGUCAGCUUUCAAGGACGACUUCCACACUUGGGCAGUCAAGGAUUCUUUCGAUUUUGCAGAGAGGAUUAAUAACUUGCAGAUUCCUCCAGACCAUGAGAUCCUUUCGUUGGAUGUGAUCAGUCUUUUCACCAAUAUUUCCUGGGAGUUAACGGAGAAGAUAAUAGUGGACAAUUGGAGCAGGAUUGAGGCUGUCACGAAUAUUCCUAGGCCUAAAUUUGUUAACCUAUUGAAGUUUCUGUUCGAUUCCAACUAUUUCAAAUACAAAGGUGAAUUUUACUCUCAAAUCUUUGGGUGCCCGAUGGGCAGCAUCCUCAGCCCAACUUUGGCAGCUCUGGUGAUGACGGUGUUGAUCGGAUACUGCCUUGGCAAACUAUCUUUCAUUCCAGCAUUCUUGUUCCAGUAUGUUGAUGACAUUAUAUUGGCCAUUCCUUCAAAUAUGAAAAAAGAACUCCUAAGGAUCUUCAACUCCUUUAACCCACAUAUACAGUUUACCAUAGAAGAAGAGAAAGACAGAUUUGUCCCAUUCCUAGAUACCAAAGUGAUACGUUCUGAGGACAACACAGUCAAGCUGGAUUGGUACAGAAAGCCGACCAGCUCAGGAAGAUAUGUCCACUUCAAUUCAAGCCAUGAUUGGCAAAUGAAGAUCAACGUUGUUAACAACCUAAAAAACAGAAUAAUGGGCCUUACUCACAUGGAUUUCAAACAGAGUGCUCUGAACAAAUUAUAUGACAUCCUAAAAGAUAAUGGAUAUCCCCACGGCCUGCUUAAGAAGUUGAUAUUCUCGACAUCCAAUCGACGGAUCUCACCUGAUCCUCCUGAACAUCCUCCUACUACACUGCCUGAACAAAGACAGGACGCUCCCCACGAGAGCUCACAUCAACGUGAAAAUUGCCAGAUAUAA